ACACAAAGCGGCGGGUGAGGGGAGGCUUCGCAGGCGUGCACUGAGCAGUGAGAUCACUGGCGUUAUAAAUAUCCCAGUGCCAGCGCCGAGAUCCGUUCGGGUGGCCUCUCUCCCCCGCCUCCCUCUCUCUUCCCCGAGGCUAUGUCCACCCGGGGCGGCGAGGGGGGCAGCGCCAGAGGCACGCAGCCGCGCGGGGGCUACGGAGCCCGGAGCCAGCCCUACAAGAUGCACUUCGGACCCCCGCGCCUGGAAGAAUGAGCUUGUCCUUCCUCCUCCUCCUCCUCCUCAGCCACCUGAUCCUCUGCGCCUGGGCUCCCGGGGAGAAGCGCCUCGCCUCCAAAGGGCAACCAGGACCGGCCGCCACGGGUAGGAACGCGGGAGGCGCCAGCAGCCGCCGGAGCAGCAGUAGCGCGACGUCUUCCUCCUCUUCCUCCGCCGCCUCCUCCCCCGCGGCUCCGCCGGGCGGCCCGGGAAGCGGCUCGGAGCAGAGCAGCUUUCAGUGGAGCCCCUCGGGGCGCCGGACCGGCAGCCUGUACUGCAGAGUGGGCAUCGGUUUCCAUCUGCAGAUCUACCCGGAUGGCAAAGUCAAUGGCUCCCACGAAGCCAAUAUGUUAAGUAUUUUGGAAAUAUUUGCUGUGUCUCAGGGGAUUGUAGGAAUACGAGGAGUUUUCAGCAACAAAUUUUUAGCGAUGUCAAAAAAAGGAAAACUCCAUGCAAGUGCCAGAUUUACAGACGACUGCAAGUUCAGGGAGCGAUUUCAAGAAAACAGCUAUAAUACCUACGCUUCGGCAAUACACAGGACUGAAAAAACCGGGCGCGAGUGGUACGUGGCCCUGAACAAGCGGGGGAAGGCCAAGCGGGGCUGCAGCCCCCGGGUGAAACCCCAGCACGUCUCUACCCACUUUCUGCCCAGAUUCAAGCAGUCGGAGCAGCCCGAACUUUCCUUCACAGUCACUGUUCCUGAAAAGAAAAAGCCACCCAGCGCCGCCGUCAAGCCAAAGGGUCCCCUUGCCGCCCCUCGGAGAAGCCCCAACACGGUCAAAUACAGACUCAAGUUCCGCUUUGGCUAAGAGUCACCUGGGCCUCGGGAGAGCCACGCCUUCCCCGCAGGAGCCUCCGGAGGGUCUUCCGUGCUCGGAGCCGAAGUCUGGGACACAGCUUCGGCUCCGGGACACUGGACUAAAGUCAGGUCGUUUGUCUCAGCUUGACUGGAACAAACAUGUUUUCGAUGGGAACCGGACUGGAAUCGUUUGUACCUACGUAGGGAGCACGCUGCUUCCGACGUGAAUGAAGCCUUUUGCUUUAGGCUCGGUGCACACCGACCGGAACUCGGUUUCCAGAAAGUUGAAUGGUGGGGGCUGUGUAUUUUUCUGACGUUUACGGAUCACUCGGGAAACAAAAACAAAAACAAAAAACCAUCCAUGAUACAUUUUUAUUUUUGGUUUCCAAAGGAUAUUUUGAUGCAGAUAAAAAUAUUUUAUUAACUUUCGUUUUUGUUUAAGUACCUCUGCAUUGAGCAUAUUUUCUUACUUUUAUUAUUUUUAAUUAAUAAGACAUAAAACCAUUUAAAUGCAGCUUAUGAAUUAUAAAUGUGUUUAUAGCCCAUUUGUAACAUGUGGAUUUCUUUUUCAUUUUUCUUACUCAUUGCACUUUUAAUUUUUAUUAUGUUUUUUUUUUAACCAUACCUCAGAUUAUAUAAGUUUAGUCCUACAUCUUAAAAUGUUUAAAUUCUCUGGAACAGC